AUGUCCGCCCAAAAUUCCCCAACGCCCAGUAUGAAGAAUGGAGACGAGCCGAUGGGAGGGGAAGGUCAUGUCUUUGUACCACCAGACAUAGACAAUCGGAUUAAACAAAAGCUUGACCGUCGUGUUUUGCCCAUCGUCUGCUGUCUUUACGUACUUUCAUACUUGGACCGCGGCAACAUAGGCAACGCCAAGACUGCUGGCGCCCAAGAUUCACUGGGUCUCAGCUCUUCUCAGUGGGCCUGGGUCCUGAACUCUUUUUACAUUGCGUACAUUCUGUUUGAAUGGACGACCAUGUUCUGGAAGAUCUUCCCUGCGCAUAUUUAUGUAUCAGGCUUAUGUAUUUGCUGGGGAACAGCUGCUAUGUGCUCAGGUGCAGCUAAUAACAUGGCUGAAUUGGUCGUUACUCGAGUAUUCCUGGGCAUUUUUGAAGCCACAUUUGGCGCGGGAGCCCCGUACUUCUUAUCGUGCAUAUACAAGAGAAGCGAGUUGGGUCUUCGGAUGUCUAUUUUGCUAGGAAUGUCUCCACUUGCAAAUACUUUUGCCUCAAGUUUGGCAUAUGGCAUUACGCAUAUCACUGGAUCUUUGGAGCCAUGGCGAUGGCUGUUCAUAAUUGAGGGAGCACCGACGAUUCUCUUCGCGCCUGUCGUCUAUUUCUUCCUGAUCGACUCACCAUCAACAGCCAGAUUUUUAAACGAAGAUGAACGAAAGCUCGCCGUUCAACGAUUACAACUACAAGACAACACGGCGAAAGAAUCCGUCAGCUGGAAACAAGUUCUGGCUGGAAUGAUUGACUACAAGAAUUACAUGCACGCAGUCAUGCACUUCUGCUGUAACUUCUCCUUCGCAGCGCUAUCCAACUUUCUUCCCACCAUCGUCAACCACAUGGGCUACGAUUCUGUCACAGCACAAGGUCUCACUGCACCCGCUUACUUCGCCGCGUUCCUGCUGUGUAUUGCAGCUGCGUUCUUCUCGGACAAGUAUGGAUGUCGUGGGUUUAUCGUUGCGGGUUUUGGUGCGAUGGGUGCUGUUGGUUAUGGUCUUCUUGCUGGCGUGCAAGAUAUUGAGAAGACGGGACCGAGAUAUGCUGGAGUAUGGCUUGCGGCUUGUGGAAUUUUCCCUGCUCUGGCUAUGAAUAUUACUUGGCUCCUCAACAACCAGGGAGGAGAUUCGAAGAAGGGUGCUGGACUUGCCAUUUCGCUGAUCAUUGGACAAUGUUCGUCUUUAAUCAGUAGUACCGUGUUUCCAAAAGAAGAUGCUCCGUUCUUUACCACAGGUUGCGCAAUUGGUUGCGGCAUGAGUGGAAGUAUCGUUGUGCUAUCUCUGAUUAUGCAUUUCUUAUUGGACAGAGAGAACAAGCGCAGAGACAGGGUGUAUGGUCCUGUUGAUCCCAAUGCUGAGAUUGAUGUUUCGGAGCAGGGCGAUUAUAAUCGGCAGUUCAGAUACAUGACGUAG